CCGGUAUGUGUUUUUUGUAAACACAACAAGCCAAAUUUCAACUACACAAAAAGAGCCUUGUCGUUACGGUUACAGUCCACGUAACCACGGUUUUAUGUGCAUCAUUGCAACUCAGCGUUGGUCGCUUAUUCUUCAAAAAGAGAGGGAGGAAGCUGCUCGUUUUAUUCAUAUUCUAGUUCUUCACGUAAUGACUGCAAACUACCAGCUAACAGCUCGUUAAGCUAACGCUUAGCAACAUCGUUUGUGAGUUAGUGAGCGUAACUCCAGCUAACACGUGUGAAAAGUGUCUUUUCAGCCUCGUAACUAAGCGGACCCCCUCAUGGUGGUCUCUGAUCGAUGGGGAACUGUCUGUUUUCUCAAGGGGCGGAUGACCUGUCGCUGCUGAACGAGUCUGAGGGGGGCAGUCUACCCGGAGAGCCUCCUCCGCCAUACCAGGAUUACACCCAGACUGCUCCAGUGUACCAUCCAAACCCAGGAGAGAGUCGUCUGGCUAGCCAGCUUACUGAGGAGGAGCAGGUUCGCAUUGCUCAGCGUAUCGGUCUCAUCCAACAUCUGCCCAGAGGACUCUACGACCCAGGCUCUGACUCGGCUGACAAGAAAGUUAAAGAGUGUGUGAUCUGCAUGAUGGAUUUUGAGUACAGCGAUCCCAUUCGAUUCUUGCCCUGCCUUCACAUCUACCAUGUGGACUGCAUCGAUUCCUGGCUGAUGCGCUCCUUCACCUGCCCCUCCUGCAUGGAGCCAGUAGAUGCUGCCCUGCUGUCCUCUUAUGAAACCAACUGAGCUGCUCCAUGACGGCAGCUCCUGCCUGAAAGUAAACUGCACCUAGCCAAAACUGUUCUUGCUGUUCAAACAGGUAGCCACAGGUGUGUGGCAUUAUGCAUAUGUUUGUUAGGAGGAAGUAAAAUGUUGAAAACACAGUGCCCUACAAUAGAUGGGUUAGGUCUGAUAUGCACCUUUAUGGGCUUUAAAAACUCUUGGCCUUUUACUGAAGGAUGACGUGCCAAAUCAAGAUAGAGGAAGAGUAUAGAAAGCUGCACACGCAAGAUAUUACUGCAAGAUAAUUUCACUUCUCUGUGGCAGAAAGCCUUUUUCUGUUUUGUUUUAAUUUUUUUUUUUUUUUUUUUUGUGGUAAUCAUGUGCAUUGACAGAAUUGACUCCUACCCUUCAUAUUUAAUGUGCAAUAUGUUAUUUCAAUGGAGAUAAUACAGGAAAAGUGUCUUGGUCUCAUAGGAAUCACUGUCAGAAAGUUGGUAUAGACAUGAACCCACAGCCUUAACUGUCAAAGACAUGCAUCUGCUUACUAAUAUGCAAUCUUUAGAAAAUCAGAUAACAGUGUUGAACAGUUUGCUUUUCUGAACAGAGAUUUGCUAUGUAGUCCAUGAUAACAUUUGUCCUGAGCAAAUGUUUUUAAAGGUAUUUGAAGCUGAAUUAAUGUUAUUUUUGUGUUAAAGAUCUUUUUCUUUGAGGCUGCUUUUGAUAAAAUGAAUCUUUUUUUUUGUUCUUGUCACAAAUUAUGGAUCCUCUCCUUGAGAUUGUCUUUUAAAAAUCAGUGUCCUUUUAUCAUUGUUUACCAUCACUGACGUUUAUAACGACAAGGUAUGCUGUGCAAUCCCCGUGGUAAAAUACCUUGGGAUAACCCUCUUCUGGCACUCUGUAGAUCGUGGAUUUUGUAGAUGACUGUGAGUUAAGAUAUUUGUAUUUCUGUGAUUUUUUUUUUCUUAUUAUUAAAGCAAUUGUGGUCUGGCAUUUGAGCUGACACAGCAGAUUUACCUGUCAGAUGUAACUCAUGUUGUAGUUACCUCUCCUGCUCUAGUUUGAAGGUGUCUAGUUUUUUUAUUUUUAUGUUUUUUGUGGCUUUUUAAAGCACACAUAUUUCCAGAGCUCCUGGAUCUAGUCAAACAUACUGCUCUUAUCUGUUGCUUUUGUAUGUGUAAUGAUGAAUGAAGCUUAAGCAGUAGAGAGGCAUGUUUCUUGAAUGUAGAGCAUCAUUUUUAAAGGUUUGGACAAUAAGAUGAGACUUUACUCAGGCUGCUGUGCCUUUUUAAGGUUGAGUUUAGCCAAUUCUUGUGAAGUACAAUCAUUUCCAAUGUUUUCUUUAAGUGGUCCUGUAGGGGAAGACAGAUACCAGCACAGUUCUGAUCUGAUAUGUGUCACUAUGAAUUAAGUUUAACAGGAUGAGGCUGGACGUUUGCUCUGGCUGCUAACAAUAGCAGUAAUUAAAGAUGAAGGUUUGCGCUGCUGAUGCGCAGGUUUUCAUGAAAAUCAUGAAACUACAAUAAAAGUGGAUAACAAAUUUUAAACCAA